AUGCGCUUGAGCCUGUUAAGCCAGGCCGCGGCGGCUGCUCUCGCGAGCGCCUCGACUCUUACGCCCCCGAUUCUGCCGCUGGUGGUCCGGAACCCGUACCUCAGCACGUGGGUCCCUUCGCGCCAUGCGCCCUGGGAACAAUGGCCCAUCUUCUGGACUGGGCGCACGGUCGGCUUUUCCGUGCUGGCCGCAGUGCCGGACUCGGGCGACGUCUAUCCACUCCUCGGGCGACCCCAGGACUCGCUCGGAGGCUCUGGCCCUGACUACAACGUGACCUUCCCCGAGUAUCUCGGCGCCACUUUCGAUGCCUCGACUACCAACCUCACCUACCUGAUUGCCGGCCCCAAAGGCAAGGACGAACCGCUCAAGCUCACCUUGUCCUUCCUCUCUCCAAUCACUCCCACGUCCACUCUGAGACAGUCACUGCCAGCUGCGUAUUUGACCGUCUACGCCGAAGGGUCCUUCGAUGUAAACUUGUACAUCGACCUGAACGGGGAAUGGGUCACAGGGAACAGGGACAACGACAUUGAAUGGAGGCUCCAGCAGACCGAGGUUGCUGCCGAGACAAAAUCCCCUGCCGGCAUCAAGACAUGGAAAGUCAAUCGCCGCACCCAGCAGCUUCUUACCGAGUUCGAUGACCGGGCCGAGUGGGGGACACUGUUCUUUUCCGCGCCCGAAGACGUGCACCACGAGAGUGGUGUCUCGGCCAUCUUGCGCAAGCACUUCUCCGCUAGAGGCGAGCUCAGGAACGCAAAUGAUGAUAAAUUCCGCAGGAUUAUGGACGAGGAACCCGUUUUUGCGUUUUCCAAGUCUUUCAAGCUGGGUUCGUCGUCAAAGGCAGGCCGCCGAGACUCGCAACACCAGGCUGGCUCGAAGAGCGACAGCGUGAGGUUCACCUUCGCUCUGGCCCAGGAUCCAGUGGUCCAAUUUGCUUCUGCCAGGGGACUGACCUUCAUGCGCCCAUUUUGGGCCACCUACUUCCCCACCGCGGAGGAAAUGGUCGGAUACCACUACACCGAUUUUGACACUGCGAGUGACUUGGCCGGCAACUACUCACGGCAGCUCGAUAUUGAUGCCUAUGCGUCAGGCUCGUCUGACUACCGAGACAUUGCCGCCCUGUCUGCACGUCAGGUCCUCGGCGCUACCCAAUUCUCGGGCACUCCGGACAACCCAAUCUUGUUCCUCAAGGAGAUCUCAUCGAAUGGCAACUUCCAGACCGUGGAUGUCAUCUUCCCUGCGUUCCCCUUCUUCCUGUACACCAACCCCAGGUGGCUGGCCUACCUACUGGAGCCCCUUUUGGAGCACAUGGGAAGCGGCCAGUACCCCAACAAGUACAGCAUGCAUGAUCUUGGCUACCACUUCCCAAACGCCACUGGGCAUGGCGAUGGUAACGACGAAUACAUGCCUUUGGAGGAGUGCGGCAACAUGCUGAUUAUGGGACUGGCCUUGGUCAACGCGUACAAGUACGACACUCAGCCGGCGUUCUUGAGCGUUGCAUCCGCGGGCACCGUCAGUAUGGCAAAGGUCAAGGGAACCUCGAUUGUCGAUGAAUAUGGCAUGGACCGCGCAUGGGGUUAUGGCGAAGACGUAGAGACUAAUGACCUCAAACAAGCCCAGAAGUGGGUUCAGAAGUCGUACAAACUGUGGAAGCAAUGGACUGUCUACCUCAUCGAAGAGGCCUUGGAGCCCAAGAACCAACUGUCCACAGACGACUUCGCAGGCUGGCUCCGGCUGCAGAGCAACCUGGCGCUCAAGGGCAUCAUUGGCAUCCGAGCCAUGAGCGAGAUCUCAAGCAUCCUGGGCGAGACCAAGGAUGCCAAGUACUACCGCGAGAUUGCGGAUGACUACAUCGACAAGUGGCAGGAGCUCGCUCUCUCCAGGGACAAGCAAUUCCCCAAGCUGUCGUACGAAUGGUAUGGCUCGUGGACGACCAUCUACAACUUGUUCGCCGAUUCUCUUCUCUGCUUCCACCUCCCUGAGGACCCCAGCAUCUUCGCGCAGGCACCGCAGUCCUCAUCGGCGAAGUGGCGGUUGUCCCAGCCCGACGAGCAGGUGCCCGUCUCGGACGAGAAGUCCACUACCUUCAUUCCGGACUACGUCUACCAGCUGGCGAGCGACUGGUACCAUAAUGUGAUGCAGCAGUACGGCCUACCGCUGGACAGCCGCCAUUUGUACACGAAGAGUGAUUGGGAGUUCUUUGCAGCGGCAGUUACGAGCAGGUCGACACGGACGGAGAUCCUGACGCUUGUAGCGAAGUGGCUGAACGAGACAGUGACAGACAAGCCGUUUACUGAUCUCUACGAGACCGAGGGAGAAGGGGGAUACCCAGGUGGUCUCGAAUUCAAAGCCAGGCCUGUCGUAGGUGGUCACUUUGCCUUCCUCGCCCUGGAGCGGGCCUGUGGUGGCAAAGCAACCGAGGCACUGAGCUUCCUCGAUGCCGCGCAGCCCAAGCAGCUAGACGUGAUGGCUCUUCUCGAGGAGGACAGGCUAUUCGGACUGGGCCAGACCGCAGAAAUGGAAUUGUAA